UGAUUUUGACAACAGGAUACAGGGAAAAAAUAAAUAUUUACUUUUACCAUCACAUAUAUUCAUUUCGAAGUAAAUAGGUUGGUUAAUUCAUUCAAAGAGUGUUACAGAGACAGUGUUGUCUCUUGGAGUGUUUUAAAUUAAUAAAUCUAACCAUUCUUAGUACUCUCAUUUAGGAUGACUUAGUUCAUCCAAGUAUAAUGUAUCUAAAAUCAAUACAUGCUAAUAAUUCGAUUUCUUAGUAUAUUUUUUAACUGUAUUAUACAAACACUUCGUUUCACAUUGCAAAAUGAGUACCUCUUACGAAAUAACCAAAGAACGUACAUUAGGUGAUGGAAUGGACCGUUCAGAGCUGGAGCUAACUACAGAAGGCCUAAAGAAAGAGUUUCACUUUCAGUUACCCGAAAAACCAUCUCCCAUCAUUUUACAAUCCAUGCGACCUAUUAUUCCUUCAUCUAAAAUCUAUAAAACAGUCCCUAUGUACAUUCCAAAGGAAAAGAGAACUAAAUACCUCACAAGAAAGCCAAAAGAACCCAAAUUUAUUCCGUAUGAGCCAUACAAGGGCGCUGUUCAUCCUAUAGUUAUGAAGAAAAAGAAACCCUUACCUCUACCCGCAAAAGUAUCUAAGAAUAACAUAGAAAUUCAUCAUCUCGUUACACAAAUGAGUGAUAUGAGAACUGCUGAAUUGGCUAAAGAUACUAGGGAAGAAGAAGACAUAGUGAUUUCUAAAAAGGAUUGGGAAAGAGAAAGGAAAAAUUAUGAAAAUGAUAUUAAUAAUUUGAGAGAAAGUAAUAAUGUAUUAGAAAAUCAGUUGAAGCUACAAACUCAAGUAAAUAGCGAAUUGAAAACAUUACUGGUAGCUGCAGUAGGUGAAGAUUUGGAAACAAGGGUGGCACAUUUAACUGAAGACAAACUUCAGCUGGCUAGAGCACUUUUAAAAUCUGCUAAUCAUUUGACAACACACCAAGAACAGACAGAGUGGCUUUCUGGGCAGUGUGAGGUUUGGAGAAGCAAAUUUUUAGCAUCAAGUUUGAUGGUGGAAGAAUUAGCAAAGUGGAAAUCUGCAUUGACUAUUAGAAUCAAAGAAUUGCAGUCUUUGAUGAACAGUUUUUUGGAGGAUCGCCGCCAGACUAACAGAUCCCUUAUCAAAACCUGUUAUAACCUGAAUGAAGUUACAAAACACUUGGAUAUAAAUCCAAAUAGACUGAAAUCUUUGAAGUCUGCAGAUGUUAUCCAUUUAUCACAUGUCAAUCUUGAAAUGAGUCAAGUUCUGUUCCAUAAAUUUUGUAAAUAUAGCGAGGAAGAAUUCGGAAAGUACUACAAUGAAAUGAUGGCAGUGCCACAGACAACUAAAAAUGAAGACCAUGCUAGAAAAGUUUUGCAAGAUCCCAUUACUAUAUCAAUGAAUCAUGAAGAAUUGUGCAAAGCUGUGUUAGGAGAGGCUGGAACUGCUGCAAACGACCAACCAUUCCAAAAUUAUCAACCGCAUUCUUCAUGUUGUUCCCAUUGCACAGGAGAAUUCAAGGAAAUUUGAUAGUUCAUUUUGAACCUUAGUGCAUUUACUAAGACAACUAGUGAAUUUAUACCUAUACAUAUUAACUCAAUUGAACUUCUGAGACUAUCUGAGAUAGAUGAUAUUUAUGCAUGUUUUUGUAUUCAAAUAUUUUUCAUAAUUUUCUAAUGUUAUCACUAAUGCCUCUAACUUUUCAGUCUUUUGAAAAGUAUUUUCGAGAAAAUAUACUAACAGUCUAACUUUACAGACUUGCCAAACUUAUGAUAAUUGGGGACAUUCAGGAUGAAAUUAGGGCAGCUGUUAAUGUUUUCAUAGUAUUCAACUGACUUUAGUAAUUCAGUUUCAAUCUUGUAUAUUGUUACCAAUAAAUAUCCAAAUAUAUUUUCAUGAACUGGUUAAA